AUGGAAGACAUCCUGGGUCAGCUGGCCAGGGACAUAAUCACACCAAAGUUUGCAAGCAUUAAACAUACGGCCAACACGGCCCUAGAUAUUCUGAAAGAUGAGGAUAAGCUGAAAAAGAUUGAAGCCUGGGAGUUGAGGGAGAUAUGCCUGCAGCCGUUACUGUUAGCUUUGGAGUCCAGGGCCAGAAAACUAGGACACACAGCUUUGGUGGGCAUUCAGGUGAUGUUUAAAGAUGACAGAUUUCGAAGCUCCAUGGAAACAAGUGAUGAAGACAAGUGGUUGCCGUCUCAGGUGUUGUCUGUGUUGUCUCUUCUACUGAACAUGACUGUUACAGCUUCAUGGUGCACUAGUGCAAAGACGAUUGUUAAAAUAGCUCAG